CAUCUAACAUGUCCUUCUAUUCCAAUUCAUCACUCGAUGAGGAAGUAAAAUCCGAAAGCCCCGUAGAGUCUUCGCCGAUAUAUGGAGGCUAUGUUUUAUCUGCUUCUCAUGAACACUCCAAACCAUUUGACAAUCCAGCCAGUGAGAACAGAGAGAACAGCUGGGCAGAACUUCCAACUGAUGAUCCACCGGCAUACACCCCAAGCACAGCUGGCAUACCCUCUUCAAUUUUUUCUCACCCGUCAGGAUACUGUGUGAUGCCCAACAUGGAGAUGAGGAGAUGAGUUUUAAAUAAAACACUGGAUGGCAACACACAGAUUUAGGCCAUUGAGACAGAAGAGAAUACUGUGUGUGAACAUGGUUAUGUGACUCUGUUAAAGAGGUAAAAGGUCUCCUGGACUCUUUACUAUUUUGGAAGCUUUACUAUUUUAUUCAUAUUCUUACACAUAACUUUAUAUUUUAAUAUA